GCAGUAACCAAACACUGGCUUCAGACAUAUUUUCUCUCUCUCCCCUUCCCUUCACUCAAAUGUAGUUCGGUGCUCUGCAGCGGAUUAAGUUACGGUCGGGAGGUUCCGGGACCCAGGGGAGAGUGGAGCGGGAUGAGAGGUUGCGGGCAAGCCGGAGGAGGCGGCCAGACGAAAGGCAGUAAAGGGUUGCGGCGCUGAAACUGCUCCCACCAAAGACCCAGAACGGAGCAGACGCGUGUAUUUCUGUUCAGGUUAGACUAGUCAGGUUUGUUUUGUGAAAAGACCCCCCGAGCCCGUUAGUAAUAUGAAUUCAGGAACGGAACAGCAUUAAACUGUGUGUUUGAAAAUCCCUGCUCCGCUUAACCAAGGGGGUGAAGAAGGAGGUGUUUUUUUCCCUCUCAAUCCAUAUCAAAGCGUGAAACCGACACGGAGUGUGGCUGAGAGACAGUGUUCGGAUCUCUCUCUUUCUUAAACACACACACAACGCCUAGGUUUCCCCAGCGAAACAGAGGAGUUAGACUUGCUCACCAACUGAUCAGCAUGUCAUCUCAAGGAAGAUUCAAAAAAGACAAAGAGAUUACUACAGAAUACGAGACCCAAGUCAAAGAGAUCCGAGCACAGUUGGCGGAGCAGCUGAAAUGUCUGGAGCAGCAAUCGGAAUCCCGUCUCCAGCUUCUGCAGGAUUUACAGGAGUUCUUCAGGAGGAAGGCGGAGAUCGAGGUGGAGUACUCGCGGAGCCUGGACAAGCUGGCGGAGAGGUUUGCAGCAAAGAUCCGCAGCUCAAAGGAACAUCAACAGUUCAGGAAAGACCAACAUCUACUGUCACCCGUGAACUGCUGGUACCUGGUCCUCAACCAGACACGACGAGAGAGCAAAGACCAUGCCACACUCAAUGACAUAUACACCAACAACAUCAUCGUUCGCCUAACGCAGAUCAGCGAGGACGUAAUUCGGCUCUUUAAAAAGAGCAAGGAGAUCGGCCAACAAAUGCAUGAGGAGCUGCUGAAGGUCACCAACGAGCUGUACACUGUGAUGAAAACCUACCACAUGUACCACGCAGAAAGCAUCAGUGCGGAGAGCAAGUUGAAGGAGGCCGAGAAGCAGGAGGAGAAGCAGUUCAGCAAAUCGGGGGACAUCAACGUGAACCUCUUGCGGCACGAGGACAGACCGCAGCGGCGCAGUUCCGUGCGGAAAAUCGAGAAGAUGAAGGAGAAGCGUCAAGCCAAGUAUUCUGAAAACAAACUGAAGUGCACAAAAGCAAGGAACGACUACCUGCUUAACCUCGCGGCAACAAAUGCAGCAGUGGCCAAGUACUACAUCCACGAUGUCUCCGACCUGAUUGACUGCUCUGAUCUGGGAUUCCAUGCUAGCCUGGCACGCACCUUUCGGACUUUCCUCUCGGCAGAGUAUAACCUGGAGACGUCUCGGCACGAGGGACUGGACCUCAUUGAGAAUGCUGUGGACAAUCUGGACGCCCGGAGUGACAAGCACAAGGUCAUGGACAUGUACAACCAGAUCUUCUGUCCACCUACCAAAUUUGAAUUCCAGCCACACAUGGGAGAUGAGGUGUGUCAGGUGAGCGCCCAGCAGCCGGUUCAGACUGAGCUUCUGAUGAGGUAUCAGCAGCUGCAGUCCCGUCUGGCCACACUGAAGAUUGAGAAUGAAGAGGUCAGGAAGACACUGGACGCCACCAUGCAGACACUGCAGGACAUGCUAACUGUGGAGGACUUCGAUGUGUCUGACGCGUUCCACCACAGCCGAUCCACAGAGUCAGUCAAAUCUGUCGCCUCUGAGACUUACAUGAGCAAGCUCAACAUCGCAAAGCGAAGGGCUAAUCAACAGGAGACCGAGAUGUUCUACUUCACAAAGUUCAAAGAGUACCUGAAUGGGAGCAACUUGAUCACGAAGCUUCAGGCCAAACACGAUCUCCUGAAGCAAACACUGGGAGAAGGUGAGAAGGCCGAAUGUGGUACUUCAAGGCCCCCAUCGGUUCCCCCUAAGCCACAGAAAAUGAGGAAGCCUAGGCCUCGAUCACAGUAUAAUCAUAAAUUGUUUAAUGGCGAUAUGGAGACGUUCAUACAGGAUUCCGGACAAGCCAUCCCACUUGUGGUGGAGAGCUGCAUUCGAUUUAUCAACCUUUAUGGUUUACAGCAACAAGGCAUUUUCCGAGUUCCUGGCUCUCAGAGUGAAGUCAAUGACAUCAAGAAUGCUUUUGAGAGAGGGGAAGAUCCUCUUGUGGACAACCACAACGAACAUGACAUCAACUCGGUAGCCGGCGUCCUGAAGCUGUACUUCCGAGGCCUGGAAAAUCCACUCUUCCCCAAGGAGAGAUUCCUGGAUCUGAUGUGCUCCAUCAAGAUCGACAGCGUUGUGGAGAGGAUCCACCACAUCCAGCAGAUCAUUGUGACGCUCUCGCGAACCGUCAUUAUCGUGAUGAGAUACCUGUUCGCCUUCCUCAACCACCUCUCCCAGUACAGCGACGAAAACAUGAUGGACCCCUACAACCUGGCCAUCUGUUUCGGCCCAACCUUGAUGCCGAUCCCUGAGGGACAGGACCCUGUCUCCUGCCAAGCCCAUGUCAACGAGGUGAUCAAAAGCAUCAUCGUGAACCACGAGGGCAUCUUCCCCAGCCACAAGGAGCUGGACGGGCCGAUGUACGAGAAGUGUAUGGCUGGAGGCGAGGAAUACUGUGACAGCCCCCACAGUGAGCCGGGGACCAUCGACGAGGUGGACCACGACAAUGGAACGGAGCCCCACACCAGCGAUGAUGAGAUUGAGCAGAUCGAAGCCAUCGCCAAGUUCGACUAUGUUGGCCGCUCGCCGCGGGAGCUGUCGUUCAAGAAGGGAGCCUCCCUGCUGUUGUACCACAGAGCCUCCGAGGACUGGUGGGAGGGACGGCACAAUGGGCUGGAUGGUCUAAUCCCGCAUCAGUACAUUGUGGUACAGGACAUGGACGACGCCUUCUCUGACAGCCUGAGCCAGAAAGCGGACAGUGAGGCAAGCAGCGGCCCACUGCUGGAUGACAAGGCCUCCUCGAAGAACGACCUCCAGUCUCCUUCGGACAACUUGCCAGAGUUUUCCUUCGGAGGUAUCCUGGGCAGGGUGCGCUUAAGGUCGGACGGAGCUGCCAUCCAGCGGCGUCGGAGUGGAGGGGAUGCCCACAGCCCAGUCAGGGGCUCCGGACCGGCCAUCGACACACCCCCACGGGCUGCAGCCUGUCCCAGCAGUCCCCAUAAGAUCACCGUCAGCCGGGGCCGGAUGGAAAGCCCGGAGAAGAGGCGGCUAGCCACUUUCGGCAGCGCUGGCAGCAUUAAUUAUCCUGAUCGGAAGAAUCUGGCAGACGGGCACCCCAUGCGGCAGACAUCAGUCUCCACCCGUCACAGCAGCCUUGGUGACCACAAGGCGUUGGAGGCAGAGGCGCUGGCCGAGGAUAUAGAGAAGACCAUGAGUGCUGCCCUGAAUGAGCUGCGGGAGCUGGAGAGGCAGAACACGGCCAAGCAGGCACCCGACGUGGUUUUGGACACGCUGGAGCAGAUGAAGAACCCGCCGAGCGGCGCGGUGAACUCCGAGCCGGCCAGCCCGCUGCACACCAUCGUCAUCCGCGACCCCGACGCCGCCAUGCGCCGCAGCUCCAGCUCCUCCAGCGAGAUGAUGACCACCUUCAAGCCGGCCCUCUCCGCCCGCCUGGGGGGCUCGCAGCUCCGGCCCCCUCCCAUGAGGCCCGUGCGCCCCGUGGUCCAGCACCGCUCGAGCAGCAGCGGCAGCAGCUCGGGAGUCGGGAGUCCAGCCGUGACCCCUACCGAGAAGGUCUUCCCCAACAGCGGGGGUGACAAGUCCGGCACUAUGUGACCCACCCAGCCUCAUUCCCAGUACGAAGCACCGCCUGAACAGAGAGAAGGAAGCCUUCCAGCCAGGGUUAGGCUUCUGUUCCCGUCCCUUUGAUUAACGAGACUGAGGUAAACGUGUAGUUGAUGCCGUUUCCCUGGUGAAACCGGUUUGCCAAGAGCAGGAGAUCAGUGUCGGCCCAGUCUCCCUGCACUCGCACAUCCGCAAAACCGCCUCCACUUCAGCGACACCUGGGAUGAACGGCCCUUAAUCUGCACGUCCUGAGCAGGCUCAGGAGAGCUGGCUAUCCAAGCAAUACAAGCAGGUGCAGGGGCUGCGUCCUGUGGGAGUGAAGGAGGAAAUACAGUUUGGGAGGAGGCCGCCGAGAAGGAGCAACAAAACACAUUUCAUUUCAGCUCCAACUGAGAACAUCUGGGAGUUCCUUCCACUGGAACAUCUCCACAUCCACUCCUCCCUCACGAUGUUUGUGGUUAAGCCAACUACUCUGGUGCCCAGUAUCAACACUGUAAAUAGAUGGCAGAGGCAAGAGCUUCACUCCCCCUGCUUGUACUGAGCAAGUGGGGGAAGGGGGAAUUGACGUAUACAUAUUGUAGCACAGUAUUACCAGUUUAAUGAUUAACUAAUUAAUAUUACAGUUGUACUUAAUGCAGCAUAACGUAACAAUAAUAUGGAAAUUAGGCAAAGAGUGUGUGUCUAAAAUAUGUAGAUUAACUUAUCCUACUUUUUGUGAAGCAUUUAAUCUAUGUAGUAUUCCUUUUGUAAGAAAAUGUUUUCGAUGUACAUAGUGUCACAGAAACAGGCAAAGGGACUGUGUGAUAUUUAAUGUGAUAUUUCAUCAUCUCCUUGGACAACUGCACAUGAUCGUUAAGGUUCCUUUAGUUUACACUGUGUGUGUGUGUGUGUGUGUGUGUGUGUGUGUGUGCGUGUGUGUCUCUGUGCGCGCACGCAUGUGUGUGUGUAGGGGAGGGUGUAGCUGGCUUGUGUUUUUUGAGGACUGAUGUCACUACGUGGUUAGGAUGUCAGACUUGGGAAAGUCUCCUGAAAGGUGAACAAUUCAGAGGAUGUUCAUUUUGUCCGUGUGCCCGUUCAGUUGUUGUAGACAGCAUUACAAACUGUGUAACUGGGAGUCCAUUGAGCUUAUAUCUUUGGCCAUAGAAUAGGGCAGGUGGUCUUUGCGUAGCAUUUAAUUAUUACCUUUGUAGAAGGCAGGAGCUCCCUCAGACCUGUGCAGCUCGAUUCAGGCUGGGGUAAGCUGGCUGAGGUGUUACCUUGCCCCUUCCUCUCUCUCCAAGACUUGAUUGACUUGCUGCCAACAGACAGGCAAGCACUCACCAACGUGGUUAACUUCCACCCCUCACACACGAGCCAGGCUGUGCAACGCUGAGGGAACAGUGGAGUGGGGAUAUCGACUAGGAUAGUAAUUCCCCUACCCCACCACCUCAAUGUUAUUCUGUCAACUCAGGGACAAAGAUGGUAUCUGGGUUUGGCAGCCGCUGGGGACUGGUGACUUGGCAGUGUAGAGGGGGGUCGGACCAAUCGCAUUUAGUGUUUGCUUGACACUGCUUGACACAUGUUGACACUGCUGUCCAAGCCCGGUUAGGAAAAUUAAUUUACAGACCAGCAAGCCAGCCUAGAGUCAUAGAGUUAUACAGCACAGAAACAGGCCCUUCAGCCCAGAUUGCCCAUGCUGACAAACAAGUCUGCCAAAGCUAGUUCCGGUUCCAACGAUUGGCCCAUAUCCCUCUAAACAACGCACCUGUCAAAACGUCUUUUAAAAGUUGUAGCUACACCCACAUCCUCUACUUUGUCUAGCAGCUUAUCCCCAAUACUCGCCACCCUCUGUGUGGAAACAGUUGUCUGUCACGUUCCCUAUAAAUUUUUUCCCCUCUCAUGUUAAAUCUAUUCCCUCUAGCUUUAGACUUCCGUACCCUGGGAAAAAGAUUGUGACUAUCCACUGUAUCUAUGCCCCUCAUGAUUUAAUAAACCUCUAUAACAUCAACCCAACCUCUUACACUCCAAGGAAAACAACUACAGCUCAUGCAGUUUUAUAGCUCAUGCUCUCCAAAUUCAGCAACAUCCUUGGGAAUCUGUUCUGCACCUUUUCCAAUUUAAUGACAUUAUUAUAUAGCUGGACAGAAUACCCCAAGGAUUGGCCUCACCAGUGUCUCGUACAGUUAGUUGUAACAUGACAUCCCAACUCCUGUACUCAGUGGCUUCACCAAUGAAGACAACCAUGCCAAGUGUCUUCUUCAUCAGAUGGUCACAAUGAGGCCACCCUAAGGUUCUGUCUGUAGCCUCUAACCCAAUGGCAUGAACAUUGAUUUCUGUAACUAUUGGUGACUUACCCUCUGCACCUCUUUAUCCCUAUUCUGGCAUCACUUCUCACCUGCCUGUCACCUCCCGCUGGUGCCCCUCCUUCUCCCAUGGUCCACUCUCCUCUCCAAUCAGAUUCCUUCUUCUUCAGCCCUUUACAUCUUCCACCUAUCACCUCCCAGUUCCUCACUUCAUCCCCAUUGCUCCACCCACCUACCUUCCCCCUCAUCUGGUUUCUUCUAUCACCUGCCAGAGCGUACUUGUUCCCCCCAACCCCGACCCAAAUUCUUAUCUGGCUUCUUCCUCCUCCCUCUCCAGUCCUGAUGAAGGGUCUCGGCCCGAAAUGUUGACUGAUUAUUCCUCUCCAUAGAAGCUGCUUGGCUUAAUGAGUUCCUCCAGCAUUUUGUACAUGUUGUCCAAAUGAUAUGAGUGGCCAGGGUUGUGAUCAGAAUCAGGUUUAAUGUCACUGGUAAAUGUUGUUCUGCAGCAUUGCAAUACGUAACAUUAAAAACUUACAAUAAGAAGUAUACUUUCAAACUUAAAUUAAAUAACUAGUACAAACAGAGAGAAAAUAACAGUGAGGCAGUGUUCAUGGUUCAUUGACCAUUCAGAAAUUUGAUGGCAGAGGGGAAGAAGCUGUUGUUGAAACACUGAGUGUGUGUCUUCAGGCUCCUGUACCUCCUCCCGGAUGGCAGCAAUGAGAAGAGAGGAUGGAGAUUCUAAUGAUGGAGGCUGCUUUUUUGAGGUAUUGUCUUUUGAAGGUGUUCUGGAUGCUGGGGAGGCUAGUGCCCAUGAUGAGCUGGCUGAGUUUACAACUUUCUGCAGCUUUUUCUGAUGCUGUGCAGUGGCUCGUCCAUACCAGGCAGUGAAAGAGCCAGUUAGAACGCUCUCCAUGGUAUAUCUGUAGAAACUUGCAAGUGGCAUACCAAAUCUUCUCAAACUCCUCAUGAAUUAUAGCCGCUGCUGUGCCUUCUUUGUGAUUGCAUCAAUAUUUUGAGCCCAGGGUAGAUCCUCAGAGAUGCUGACACCCAGGAACUUGAAACUGCUCACCCUUUCCACUUCUGGUCCCUCGAUGAGGACUCGUGUGUGUUCCCUCGACUUCCCCCAGUCAUUCUCUCAGCUCGUUUAUUCUGGUUUACAAGCCAGAUGUGAGAAUUUUCUACCACCCCAGCCCCAUCGUCAUGGACUUUGGUGGAGUAUCUGGGCUAGAAUGACUUGGUAACAUCAGUAACCACUAUCACUCACUCUCACUGUCCCCAUCCACUGCUCAGCUCUACAAGUUGCAUCCAAUAAAUCACUGCUUGCAGUUGACUGAUGUUCACAGGCUUCCUUUGAUGAUAUCACGAUGCAGCUUGUUCAACUCGCCUUCUUAUUGUGUCAUAUACCAUGGGAACAUGUCCUUCAGCCCACCAGCUCCAGGCUAACGAUCUACUUACAGUGAAAUACACUAAUUUGAUUUUAUUCUCUCCGCUUAAACCCCUCAAGAACCUAUCAAUCCCUGCCUUAGAUACAGCUAAUGACAUCCUUUGCCUUUCUCUGUGGCAAUUAAUUCUGCAGAUUCUGGCUGAAGAAAUUCCUUCUCAUCUCAGUUUUAAAUACCACCCCUCUAACCUGAGACUGCGCCUUCAGAUCCCGAAAUCUCCUACUAAUGGAAGCAUCCUUUCCACGUACAUUCUGUGCAGGCCUUUCAGUAUUCAAGAAGUUUCAAUGACUUUCCCCCCUCAUCCUCCCGAACUCCAUCAAAUCCAAGCCCAGAGGUAUCAAAUACACCUCAUACUUUAAACCAUGGAAAUUUGUUCUGCACCCUUUCCAAUUUAAUGAAUUUAACAAACAGCAUUUUAUCAAAUCCAGGCCCAGAGGUAUCAAAUUCUCUUAACAUGUUAGACCUUUCAUUUCUGGGAUAGUUCUUGUGAAACUCCUCCUCUUGUGAUGUUCCAGGAUGCCCCCCAAACCUCAUUUCAUAACCCGAAACCUGGCAUGUUCUUUCCUCCAUGAAUCAAUGACCUUGCUGGUCUGUGCAGGCCUGACUCUGCAAGGCUACAGGCCCAACUCAGCCUUGUGUUCUGCGAGUUUAUUAACCUGGGAAAGCAAGGAACAGGACAGGCCCAAUCUGACCUGGUACAAACAGGGAUGACGCUAGGGAUCUGCCCUACAAGCAGCGAGAUUACAGGCCUGAUCCAAGGUAGGCUGCCUUGUGCUUAGUCAUCCAUUGGAAUGUAAAGGUUGUCCAGUGUGAGAUACUGAUGACUAUUAUGAAGAUAUGAAGAAUUAUGGAAAGCCAAACCUGCCUGGAGAGGUGCUUCUCUAGGAACAAUAUGCAGGAAUCUGGAGCAACGAUCGAUCUGCUGGAGGAACAGCUGAUUUCCUCCAGCGACUUGUUUCCUGCAUUGGGAGAGCCCGUUGGUUAUAAAAGAGAGUCUGUUCAACGCUGGCACAAUUGUGUGUAUGUGGGCGUGUACUGGUGGAAUUAUGAGUGUGUUUCCGAGUGUUUGGUAACCAGUUGGUUAUUGUCACACAGUGAAAAUCUUUUGUCUGUGUUCCAUCUAGACAGAUGGUUCCAUACACGGCGGUACAAAGGGGUACGAAAGGGAAGGUAUAUAGAGUGUUGCAGUUACAAAGACAGUGUACCGCAGGUAGACAAUUAAAGUUUGAGAGUGUGUGUGCGUGCACGUGAGUGUAAGAGACACACUGUUGCGACGUGAAGUUACUCUGAGGACGGGGUCAGAGACCCACUGUAUGUCCGUGUGGCAUGAGCCCCACACUGGAUCUGUGCUUCACCUGCCUGCAUAUGAAAGUGGCAAAGUCUUUGGGGCUGGAGAUGGUCAAUACGAGCAGCCUUUCAGCCAGUGCGGAGCUGGAGAAAGUACCUGCAGGGGAGCACAGCCAGAACGGACUCAUGUCUAUAAUGGGCUUUAAAACGGAAAAGAGCCUGUAGCAAAGGGAACCCCCUCCCUGCCACUGACAUAUUUCCCUGAUGUUCCACUAUCGCUCCGGACUUGUUGAAGGACUUGAAGUGCAAAAACAUAUAUUCAAAACUCUAUGUAUUGCAAGCACAGUGUUUAAACAAACCACCAGACCAGUCAGAGUGAACCUAAGGGUUAUGUCCUGGUGUGCUUUGGAACAGACAGCUUGUUAGUUUAUUAAUUUUUCAUCUUGGUUUCCUUCACCUUCCCUACACUCUGUUUCCCAGUGAAAAGGGAUCUUCAUACGCAGUAUAGGGCAGGCGGACCAGCCCACAAACUGUGGAAGGUUGUGGCCCCAAAAUGGAACCUGAGCCAGCAACCUUCUGAUUCAGAGAUGACUGCACUGCACUCUCCGCUGGGGGGGGCCCAUUUGACAUUGCUAUAGAGAUUAGAAAGAUCAGAUUCUGCCUCUGGGAAAUCAGUAGCAGGGGGGUACAGGUUCAACAUGAUUCCAAAGGGAGAAGUGAACAUAGAAAUGGUUCCUUUAAGCGCAAACGGUUGGCCUGAUCUGGAAUCCAGUGUGAGAGAGGGCAGUGAACGCAGUUGCUUUGCUGAACUGGGCAAAGAGGAAAACAGUGCAGGGAUGUGGGGACAGAUCGGACUAGUGGGCUUUUUCCCAAAGUCGGCACAGGCACAAGGAACUCUCUUGCGACGGAGACAUGGAGUCACACAGCACCGAAACAGGCCUUUUUGGCCCAUUCUGUCUGUUUUGACCAUCAAUCACCUACUUAUACCAAUCCCAUUUACCAGUAUCUGUUCUGUAGUCUACUGUACAUUGGCAAGUACUUGUCCACAAACAUCAAAAAUAUUGUGAGAGUACCUAGCUCCACCACAUGGCAUGUUCCAGAUACCAACUACCCUGUAAAUGAAACAAUUUUUUCUCAGAUCCCCUCUAAAUUUUCUGACUCAUUACCUUAAACCUAUGCCCUACAGUACUAGACUAUUUUUUAAAUGGAGAAAUGUUUCCUACACCGUCAUUGCCCUCAUAAUUUUGUACAUCUACAUCAAGUUCCUGGCGGUCUCUAAGGAAGACAAGCUUAUCCUAUUUAGCGUCUCCUUAUCAGAGCAACAUUCCAUCCUAGUCAGCAUCCUGGUAAAUCUCCCCCUCCGGUGCAAUCACAUCCUUAGUUUUAGUAUUUUUUGAGAAUCCCAGGAGAUUCAGACAGCAUUAAACUAAUUUCUAAAGGCUAGGCAUAUUAAAUACAAGCCAGAAAGUUAACAGGACUGAUUCCACCGAGAAUUAAAAUAACUAUGGAUAAGAUAAUUCAAGGACUCAGUUUGAAUUUGGGAUUAUUAGUUUACUUUAAAAAAUGUAAACUUUAAAAUAAAUACUGGAAUGUAUUUGUUUAUUGAGACUUGAUAAAGGUUGGUACUUGUGUUCAAGUGUGUUCAUUCUAAAGGCAUCUACUAGAUGCAGCUUCAGAGCUGCAGGCUCCUUCAGUUGGGGAGAGGGAAGGAGGAAUGAGAACCAGAGGGAUGGGACUCAGGAAAAGGGUGGGGGAAUUGUCAGGAUUUCUCCCAACGUCAAAACAGAUUGAAGUAUAGGGAACGAGGGGGAUGGAAUCAGUGUAAGAGUGAGGUACUGAAGAGAUUUUCCUCUUUGGAAGAGUGAUAAGAGCCUCAGUGGAGGGAAGAUCCUGAAGGGGAGGGAAGAAUAUGUAACUGGAGGGAUGAAUCAUGGAUGAAUGGUGAGUGUGAGGGAUUGGUCACACUGGGGUGACAGUAUAAGAUGACUGGGGUGACAAUGAGCUGAAUAGUCCCUUCACUCUUCACGUUCUCAUGGACUCCUGCACCCAUCUCUCCAUUUCCAUUUUCCUCUGUGGCCAGCAUCUGAUGUGUUCUACUCUGAAUGAACCCAAUUGCUCCAGUCAGAUGAUUACUUUUGCAAACUGAGGAACCUGCUUCCAUCAAAAUAUAUAAUUAUGGUAGAUGUGGCGCUGUGGGGUGUAGAGUGGCUGACCCAUGUAGUUUUAAUUCAUUUUCUGGGAAGAACAGAUGUCUUUGUCACAUGCUCAGCUGCCUGUGAUGGUGGUGGGGGGGUACAGCAGAUGCUAUUGGUUUAUUACAGUCACAUGCUCAGAAAGGUUCUUGUUUGUGUGCCAUGCCCUAUAUAACAUCGAGGUAGUGAAAACAAUAUUUUGUUGCAGUUACAGAGAAAUUAAAGUGCAGAUAGACAAAUAAACUGCUAGGGUCACAACGAAGUAGAUUCGAAAACCUAAAGCUCUUCUUUAGUGCAUGAGAGGUCGGUUCAAGAGACUAAUAACAGUCGGAUAGAAGCUGCCUUUGACCUUGCUGGUCCUUAAGGCAUGUAAGUUGUCAGACUGAUCUAUCAGAUUCAGAUUUAUUUAUUAACACACAGUGAAAUGUAUCUUUUGUGUUAAUAACCAACACACCUAAGGAGGUGCUGGGGGCAGCCCGCAAGUACCACCGCAAAUUCCGGCAUCAACAUAGUUUGGCAGAACAACACAAAACGCAAUUAAAGAAAAACAGAACAUAACAAGCAGCAAAACAAGCCCCAUUCCCCCACCUCCCCUCCCACACACACAUACAGACAGUCCACCAACUUCAAGACAGGCUUCAAGUUUCCAGUCCUCGGGCUACUGGACUAAGACAGGAAGAUUAAAGACAUACGUUUUCUUUACCUGUCAAUGAUUUUUCAGCAAUUUAAAUUAACUUUAUUGAAAAGCAAUUGAAAAAUAGAAAUUAAUCCAAUAAUUAAGCUGUGAUGAUGGGAUUAUCAACUGGAUCGUUACCCCAGACUGCUUCCUUAUUGGCCAAUGACAAAACCACAAUGUUACAAUAUCCCUGCUCUCCUACCCUUAUCACAUGUCUGAAUGGGCAAGGACGAUGAAAGGGAUUGGGAACCAGCAAUAGAUCACAAUCAACAAGAUGAGCAUCCCUUCCUUCAUGGCAGUUGCCACCUUGCCUGUUGCGAUCUGGUACAAGAUCUUCAAACCACUCAAAGAUAUGCUGCAAAUUCUGUCAAGCAUACUGAUGCUUCUUGUUUCAAGUUGAGAUGAAAUAGAAUUAGCUUAAUCCACUCACCAGGAGUUUGCACUUAGCUAAGUAGCUUGAUGUUUCAUUACAAUGGAGAUGUUUAAUUUGAUAUCCAAAACAGUAAAUAAUAUAGUAACUUCAUGGACUAAUUUUCCUCCAUGUAUAUGGAGGUUAACAAUAAUCUCACUCUCUGUAUUUAAUAAAACUCAUUUGGUUUCUAAUUAUUUUUUUAAAGUAUCCUUUGGAGUAUGACAUUUUAUUUUGGUACAGUGACUGGAUGCUCACUUUUAUCCCCACAAUGUUUGUUCAUAUUAUGUGCUAUACAUGUAU